AUGGGACCAGAAAACCAAACACUUGUGUCAGAAUUUCUCCUCCUAGGAUUUUCUGAGAAGCCAGAGCAGCAGCUGCCCCUCUUUGGGCUCUUCCUGGGCAUAUACAUGGUCACUGUGGUUGGAAACCUUAUCAUCAUGUUGGCCAUUGCCUCUGACUCUCAUCUCCACACCCCAAUGUACUUCUUCCUUUCUAAUCUGUCCUUUGUUGAUCUUUGUCUGGUAUCCACUACAGUCCCCAAGAUGCUGCUCAACAUCCUAACACACAGCAAGGUUAUCUCCUAUGCUGAAUGCCUUACCCAAAUGUAUUUCUUCAUGGUUUUUGCUUUCUUGGAUAAUUUUCUCCUCACUGUGAUGGCCUAUGACCGUUUUGUGGCCAUCUGUUACCCUUUGCACUAUGUCACCACGAUGAAUUCAUGGAUUUGUGGCCUCUUGGUUCUGAUAUCAUGGACUGUUAGUGUUCUAAACUCCACUGUCCACACUUUACUGGUGAGCUGGCUGCAUAUUAAAUGUAUGGGACCAGCAAACCAGACAUGUGUGUCAGAAUUCCUCCUCCUGGGACUUUCUGAGAAGCCAGAGCAGCACCUUCCACUCUUUGGGCUGUUCCUGGGCAUAUACAUGGUCACUGUGGUUGGGAACCUUCUCAUCAUACUGGCCAUUAGCUCUGACUCCCACCUCCACACUCCCAUGUACUUCUUUCUCUCCAAUCUGUCACUGGUGGAUAUAUGUCUAGUUACUACCUUGGUCCCCAAGAUGCUGGUGAACCUCCUAACACACAACAAGGCCAUUACCUAUGAUGGGUGCUUUGCUCAGAUGUACUUCUUCAUUGUUUUUGUUUGUUUAGACAAUUUACUCCUCACUGUGAUGGCCUAUGACCGCUUUGUAGCCAUCUGUCACCCUCUGCACUAUGCCACCAUAAUGAGUCUACAGAUUUGUGGCCUCCUGGUUCUGAUGGCAUGGACUGUUAGUCUUCUAAACUCCAUUCUCCAAAUUCUAAUGGUGAUGCGGCUGUCUUUCUGUACAGAACGUGAAAUUUCCCACUUUUUCUGUGAUCUUGGUGAGGUUAUUAAACUCUCUUGUUCUGAUACCCUCAUCAAUACCAUCAUAUUGUAUUUUGCAACUGGUCUGCUAGGUGUUCUACCCUUCACAGGGAUCCUUUUCUCUUAUACUCAGAUAUGUUCUUCAAUAUUGAAAGUACCAUCACGUGGGGGGAAAUAUAAAAUCUUUUCUACUUGUGGGUCUCACCUGCCUGUUGUUUCAUUAUUCUAUGGCACUGGACUUGGAGUAUAUCUGAGUUCCUCAGCCACCCACUCCUCCUGGAAAAUCUCAGUUGCCUCAGUGAUGUACUCCAUGGUUACCCCCAUGCUGAACCCCUUCAUCUAUAGUCUGAGGAACAAAGACAUGAAGGAAGCCCUGAGGAGGUUCAUUAGCAGAAGAGCCUCUUCUCAGUGA